AUGGCCCGCGGAAUCAUCAAGCACCUGAAGCGCAUGUAUGCGCCUAAGCACUGGAUGCUCGACAAGCUGAGGGGACGCUGGGCUCCUAAGCCUUCGGCGGGUCCGCACAAGCUGCGCGAGUGCAUGCCUCUCAUCGUCAUGCUGCGCCAGCGACUGAAGUACGCGCUGACCUACCGUGAGGUGAAGAUGAUUGUCAUGCAGCGCCUGAUCAAGGUCGACGGCAAGGUCCGCACCGACAUGUUCUACCCUGCUGGCUUCAUGGACAUGGUGCAGAUCGAGAAGACGAAGGAGAACUUCCGCCUCCUGUACAACACCAAGGGAAGGUUCGUCCUGCACAAGGUCGCCAAGGAAGAGGCACAGUACAAGCUCUGCCGGGUGAAGCGCGUCACACGCGGCCCCAAGGGCGUCCCCUACGCCCAGACUCACGAUGGUCGCACCAUCCGCUACCCGGAUCCUGACAUCAAGUCCAACGACACCAUCCGUCUCGAGUUGGAGACAGGGCUGCUCGCAUGCACGUGA